AUGUUAAUGACACGGAAGAAGAUCCUCGAUAGCGUACCACGCUAUCGAGCCGUCCUGCAAGACGAGCCGGAGUAUUUUUCGGUUGGGCACGACAUCGGGAUCCCCUUCCUGAUGACGGACCAACUGAAGAAUGACAAGGAUGUGGCCGUUCUCGCCUGCGGCAUCGGGGAUGCCAGGCUCCUCUAUGCCACCAUCGUCCUUGGGGCGAUGCUGGCCCCCAAGUCCACGAGCAAGAAGUACCACUUCACGCUCGUGGACUUGAAGCCCGCCGUCUUUGCUCGCGAUCUGCUCGUCUUCCACAUGCUAGUGGCAAUGCGGAGCCAGGACGACGAGAAGCGGGAGGAAACAAGCUGGGCAAUAGCCUACGUGUUUGCCGGCCAGGUCAUGCCGCCCUGGGCUUCUGAGACCGUCCAUGAGAGCAUGUUGGCCCUCAUCACCGCGUUAGAAGAUGUGUCCAACAACGUUAUGGACAUGUUUUAUGUUUCUGAACCUGCCCGCGAGAAAAUCAUCCAUGUCCUAAAGCAGUGGCGAGAGCCUCCUGAGGAGACAUACACGGUUGCUGCCAUCCGACGAAUGAUGGUAGAGCAGUCAGACGCCAACGAUGAAGCCUACGCCGAAGUGGAUGGAGAUGACAUGGCGGAAGCACUCGGUCCCAAGUCACCUCCCGGGUGUCGAAGUACAGACAGUGACGCACGACUCUUCAACGACAUCCAUGUCGCGUUGCCCUCGCUGCAUCUACUCGAAAGGCAUGAGCCACACCUCCUCCUCGUUUCUGAAGCGUAUCGUGAGAGUCGCAGUCCAUCUGACCGGAAGGCUCUGGACGACUAUAUCGAUUCCACCUGGAAGCCUAAUCUCACCGUCGUCGAUUUCGACUUUGAACGCAAGUGCGAGGAUCAUGGGACACUGUCUGGGCAACCUUUUUUCAACUGGUCCCCUUGCACCGUUGUUUCAUCUCUCUUCAUGAUCCUGCCACACCAGAUGUUUCUGUCCAAGCCCGGCGUGUUUGAACAUAUCUCCGCUUUCUUUCGCAAGGUUUCAUCCUGUCUCACUCACCUCGGCGACCGCAUUGUAAUCGAAGUGGUUCCUGGCGAGAUGAACGACGUCCUUGAACGCCUCCGAUACGGACUCCUCCGGUUUGGACAAAAGACUAUCGGAAACCUAGACCCGAGCAAAUUCCCAAACAGAUUCGACAAGAUCGACAUGAGCAACAUCCCUGAUUAUGUUGGGGGACCCUUCACUACCUUCAUCCACGGCAUACCCCUCCUUCGAGAGGAGCGACGAUCCCUCCUGAGAUCCUACGUACUACGAAACCUUUAUACUUGGGAAUCUCACGAUCAGUUCCUAGCGGAGUAUCUUGUCCUUGGCAACCGCAACGUGAUUCACUCACAUUUCCGGACGGCCCUCACACAAAACUCCUUGCGCCUGGAAUCUAUGAACGCAGGUCAGACCACAUCUUCUGGCAGUACAGCCAUGGGCGUCGCAUUCGAGUGGGAGCGCACCGCGCCAACCUCGUCCUAUAUGCCCCUCCAAGAGCGCAUGCCACGGUCAAGACUCGAAAGGUGGCUGCAUUCUCACUUCCUCAAGCUUUGCCUGCCGUAUCCUCGCGACCGAUCCUCGAAAUUGGGUGUAAACGCCCCCCUAAACUUGACAUCCUUCCUCCAUCUCAUCACCCACGUCGCCUCUCUCGGAUAUCCACGCGACUGGCUCUCUCACAUACUGCACGAGCUGUGCACCGGCAUGUUGAUUCAGACACAAGCCGCCCCUCCCAUUGAUGAGGUUACGUGCGAGAACCUGGCCGAGAACAGAUUCGAGCCAGCCGACUUCUCUGUCGGUCCCUUCGCCGCAGAGUUCCGAACCCUCGUCGCCAUCUGGGAGCCGGUACUUGGCGUGCCCCUGGCUUGGAACACUCCCGUCGCGGGCAAGAAGCUCCUCCCUGAAUCCAAGAUGAUCCGAAAGUUCACCAUCCGCUUUCCGAAGAAACCGAUCGGGGAUACAGGCUUGAUGAGUGUCUGCUUCUCUCUGGUGAUGAAGAAGAAGUCGCUUGAGACUCCAGGCUGCUCUCUCAACGAUCUACUGGACGACCGAGUCGACGAAUGUCCCGAAUUACCUGAUGCCAAGCGUGUCCGGAGGGAGCCGCAUGUACACAUGAUCUCGGCAUGCAAGUUCACGCCCGAGACGCUCGAGGUGGAGUUUUGGCUCGAUGAGAGAGAGGUGGACUGUGUAGUCGCUGAAACCGGCUGGGAGGCAUGGAUCUGGCGCACUGACGAGUGGGAAUCGGUGAUGGGCCCUGUUUCUCUGGACAGCUACGGUGACUUGGUCAAGGGGGAAGCUUGGUCGGAGACGACCUGA